AUGAAGAAUUUUAAAAGGGAAGUAGAUAUUUUAAACUCUUUAAAUAAUCCUUAUAUUAUUAAACUAUAUAAAGUUUUAGACGGAAAAACUACACUAAAUUUAGUAAUGGAAUAUAUAGGAAGUAAUUCUCUAUAUGCAUUCUUGAAAUCAAAAAGUAGUCGAAAAAUAAAUGAAGAAGAGGCUAAACAUAUAUUUUAUUAAAUAAUGGAAGGGAUUAAAUACUUACAUCAUAUGAAUACUGUACAUAGAGAUAUAAAACUCGAAAAUCUUCUUAUUGAUGAUUUUAAAAAUAUAAAAAUUAUAGACUUUGGGUUUGCAAUUAAAGUUUUUACUGGUAAAAAAUUAGGUUCUUUUUGUGGAACACCUUCCUAUAUGGCUCCUGAAAUUGCAGGAAAAAAAGAAUAUUUUGGAUAGCCUGUUGAUAUUUGGAGUUGUGGUGUUCUAUUAUAUGUUUUAAUUUGUGGGUAAUUCCCUUUUAAAGGAUCUUGUGAGUAGGAAUUAUAUAAAAAAAUAAUUGAUGGAAGAUUCGAAUUUCCUUAAUAUGUUUCAAAUUAGGCUAGAAAUUUGAUUUCGUAAAUGUUAAAUGUAUUUCCGGAAGAAAGACCAGAUGCUAAUUAAGUUUUAAGAAAUUCAUGGUUUAUAAAUAUAAAUUAAUAAAUUAAUUCAAACAAUUAAUAAAUAUGA